GCAUCAGCCUGCAGGCACUCUCUGCCAGCUACAAAAUGGGCACCAGCACUGUUUCGGGCAUUGUAGAAGAGAUGUGUUGUGCCAUCUGGGAUGCCCUUCAGGGGGAGUACAUGGCCUUUCCUUCGAGCAGUCAGUGGCAAGACAUAGCGGAGGACUUUUGGAGACAGUGGCAGUUUCCCCUAUGUGUCGGGGCGAUUGACGGGAAGCAUGUUCGCAUCAGAGCACCACCACAAUCAGGCAGCGAUUUCUAUAAUUACAAAGGUUUUUUUUCUAUUAUCCUUAUGGCAGCUGCUGAUGCGAACUAUAGAUUUAUUUACGUCGAUGUUGGCGCAUUCAGGCGUGAGAGUGAUGGAGGUGUGUUGGGCCGCAGUGCGUUUGGAUCCAGACUGGCACAGGGCAGUCUCAAUCUACCUGCUCCUGCUGUCCUACCGGGCACCACAACGCCCAGUCCUUUUUUUUUCUUGGGGGAUGAGGCAUUUCCCUUACAGGAGAACCUGAUGCGACCCUAUCCAGGGACGAACCUCCAGGAUAGGAAGCGUAUUUACAAUUACCGACAGGCCAGGGCGAGACGCGUGGUGGAGAAUGCCUUCGGUAUAUUGGCUGCGCGCUUCCGAAUUUUCAGCCGCCCGAUUGACUGCAAACCUGAAAAAGCGGUGAAGCUCGUGAAGGCGUGCGUGGCUCUCCACAACUUUCUGGCAUCCACUGAACGUGCCAGAUAUAUGCCCGCCACCUUUGUGGAUGCGACGUCUGACACCGGAGAGGUCCAGCCUGGAGAGUGGAGGCAGCACGUUGCGGGGGACCAGAACAUGGUCGACGGACCACGGUGUUUGGUCGGCAGCAGCAGACCCUCCCGGAGAGCGGCACUUGUCAGGGAGCAGCUGGCUGACUUCUUUUUAUCAGAUGCUGGCGUGUUUCCCCACCAGUACAGUGUGCUACGAUUGGGUAGCACUGACCAAUAAAUUGAUAAAAGGUC